AAAGCGCGAAACAAACUCACACAAGAGUGCCACAGGCGUAAAGAAAACGGUGUGACCUGCUGCGACGUUCAGUUAUUUAAUUCAACAUUGGACGGUGAAUUAACGACAAUGAGGGUUUUAAUAGGAGGGGGGUCCGGCUUUGUGGGCCGUGAGCUGACUCGCCUGCUCAGAAACAAAGGUCAUGAGGUCACAGUGAUAUCUCGCCAACCUGGUCCAGGAAAGAUAACCUGGGGUGAGUUGGAGUCUGGUGGUCUCCCACCAUGUGAGGGUGCCGUCAACUUGGCUGGAGAGAAUAUAAUGAACCCACUACGAUGGUGGAAUGAAAGCUACAAAAAGGAUUUGUUCUCCAGUCGUAUCGACACCACAAAAACUCUGGCUCAAGCCAUCGCUGCUUCCGCCAGUCCUCCUCGCUCCUGGGUCCUGGUAUCAGGUGUAGCUUGUUACCAGCCCAGUCUGACAGCUCAGUAUACAGAAGACAGCGAGUGGACACCAUUUGACUUCCUCUCCAAACUUGUGAAAGAGUGGGAGGCUGCGGCAACUCUUCCAGAGAAUGUGGCAAAAACCACCAAACAAGUCGUUAUCAGGCCUGGGGCAGUAUUGGGCCGUGAUGGUGGCGCCAUGAAGCAGAUGCUGCUGCCCUUCUGGCUCGGUCUCGGCGGCACUCUGGGGUCAGGAAGACAGCCGUUCCCAUGGAUCCAUGUCUCGGACCUGGCAGGAAUCAUCGCCCACGCCCUGGAGCCCCCCGCUGACACUCCCUCGACUUCACCACAAGUCUUCAACGGGGUCGCACCUGCACUGAACACCAACUACGAGUUCACUAAAGAACUGGGCCGGGUCCUGAGGAGACCCACCGUUUUCCCUGUGCCCGCUUUCGUCAUGAACACCCUAAUGGGCUCUGAGAGGGCUGUGAUCCUGACGCAGGGCCAGAAAGUCAUACCAAAGAGGACUCAAGAGGCCGGGUUUCAGUACAAGUACCCAGACUUGACCUCAGCCCUGAAAGAGAUUGUUGGGAGUUAAUAGAUGUUAAAAUAAUGUGCGCUUGCUUAAGAGUUUCUGUAACUGUGUGUUCAUAUUUACUGUAUUACAAAAAUAUUCUCAUUCUUCAGAUCUAAGGACUGUUUAGGAAGUUUUUUAUAUCACAUCAGUUUAUGAAUCAGGUUGUAAAAGCUGCAGAUUUUUGGUUUCUGAGAGUUUGUUCAUACCUUUAAUCAAACACAUCUGAGCACCUGAGACAUAAAUACAGGUGUGAUUGAAUCCCUGCAGACAUUAAGGCCACACCAGGAUCUGAUUGUUUAAGUGUUGGUCAGGGAGACACUGAAGGACUACAUGCUCAGCAGCAUUUGCUCAUUUCUGUCACAUAAAGGACAGAUGUGAACUGCUGUCUGAAUAAUCUGGACAAAAGCGCUGCAGCUAACUGUUAUGUUCAUUAUCGAUUUAAUCCGAUGAUUACUCUGUGAUUAAUUGCUUUAGUCUUUAAAACACCAGAGAACAGUAAAAAAUUUGCAGCUCAAUUUCCUACAGCACAAGGUGACAUCAAAUGUGUCGUUUUGACCAUCAAAUAUUUGGUAUUUUUGCUUGAAAGGGAAAGAUCAGUGGUGCUUUUGGACUUUGGGAUUCUUUCUUGAAGUACUGAAACAAAUUGCAGCACAAUCUGUUGAAGGUGGUUCACAAUAAAGCUCGGUGAAGUAGA